UGACUUUGGGGUUGCUGUUCAGAAUCUUUGUGCAACUAUUCUAGCCUGUCGGCUAGACGAACGUUUAUAUAAUGCUACUCUGCUACAAGAAUUAGUGGAAAGUCUCCCAAUUAACCUCAAAAUGAAAUGGGCAACACAUAUACAGAAGACUGGAGCGAUAUCUCUUAUGGAUUUCAACAUUUGGUUAACUAAGAAGGUCGAUGCCUUCAGCAGAGUAACACGACCACAAGCAUGGACGAAACCUUCCUCUAGAAAUAGGAGAGAAGAAGCGUUUUUGCACGUACACUCCGAGCAGCCGUCCGUAGAAUCCACUCGAAAGGUAUGUCUAGCUUGUGCUGGAGAUUGUGCGAACAUAGAAAGCUGUAGUGUCUUUCUUCAGAUGUCAACGAAAAGGAGGUGGGCAUUAAAGAACGAGCAUAACUUCUGUCGUAAAUGUCUGGCUAAACACUUAGGGGCGUGUGAGAGAAAAAUUCCAUGUAACGUAAACGGCUGCAGAUUUCUUCAUCAUUCGCUUCUUCAUGACGACCGCAAGCAUUCAGGACCGCCUUCCCAUCCAACACAGAAUUCGCAUUGCAAUACGCACAAUUGUUCGCUAGGAGGGGUCUUGCUUAAGUACAUCCGUAUUACCGUACACGGUAAGAAACGAUCUAUCACAACCUAUGCCUUUCUCGAUGGUGGUUCUACCUGCACUUUGAUGGAACAUAGCCUGUGGCAGGAUUUGGACCUUGCAGGUGAACAGUACCCACUGUGUAUUAACUGGACAGCUGGUCAAGGGCGAUACGAAGCAGGUUCAGUGAGAUGUUCUAUCGAUAUCACCGGAAGUCAAUCAGACAAUCGCUUUCAUCUAACGAAAGUACACACAGUCGAGAGCUUGGCACUUCCUCCGCAGACAGUCUCUGGACCUGAUCUAAUAAAUCGUUAUCGUUAUCUCUCAGAUGUUCCUAUUGACUCGUAUACCGAUAUUAGGCCACGUAUCUUGCUGGGAAUGGACAAUAUUCGUCUCGAAUACCCCUUGGAUUCCAGAGAAGGUCUCGAAAAUCAGCCGACGGCUGUUCUAACGCGCUUGGGAUGGGUAAUUUUCGGACCCAAUGAUCUUGAAAACGAUCAGGCCAUUACUCGAAAAUCUGAGUUCAACUAUCACGUUUGUCAGUGCGAUGAGCUUAACGCAGCGGUACGAGACUAUUUUUCUUUUGAUAGCCUUGGAGUUCAAGCAGGUGGUAGGCAGAUCUUGUCAAAGGACGACGAGCGUGCAAUGGCACUUCUCAAGAAGAACACCACACGUAAUGGCGCACGAUACGAGACGUGCUUACUUUGGCGGUAUGAUAACAUCGAUUUACCCAGUAGCAAAAAUAUGGCACUAAGCCGGCAUAAGUGUCUAGAACGACGUUUGAUUCGGGAACCAGAGUUGGCGAAGGCUUUACAGCAGAAAGUAUGCGAAUACGAGACUAAGGGAUACAUUCGUAUGCUGACAGCAGAAGAGGAAAACAUGUAUCGCGAUCGUUGUUGGUACCUGCCGAUCUUUCCGGUAACUAAUCCAAACAAACCCGGCAAACUCAGGAUCGUUUGGGACGCCGCAGCUAAAGUAGGCAAGGUCUCUCUAAAUUCGUUUCUAUUGAAGGGUCCAGAUCAGGUUGUACCGCUUCCACAUGUUCUACGCCGCUUUCGGGAGUAUCGUGUUGGGAUUACGGGUGACAUACGCGAAAUGUUUCACCAGGUUAGGAUAAACAACAAAGAUCAACACUACCAACGUUUUUUCUGGAAUAAGGGAAACUUUGGAGACGUGCCAGCGACAUACGUUAUGGAAGUCAUGACAUUCGGAGCAAGUUGUUCGCCAAGCUGUGCUCAAUAUGUAAAGAACCUUAAUGCGAUACGAUUCAGAGAGCAGUACCCCCUAGCAGCUGACGAAAUAAAAAACGGAACCUAUGUUGAUGACAUGCUUUGCAGUGUUGAAUCAGAAGUGGAAGCGAUUGAAUUAGCAAAGAACGUGCGCAUGAUACACGCUAGCGGAGGUUUUGAAAUUCGAGGAUGGUUGUCCAACUCCAGGAACGUGAUGGAAGCAAUGGGCGAGAGUGAUGUUGCCCCAAAGAAUAUGGAUAUAGGUGCUGCGCUCGCAACAGAAAAGGUUCUUGGAAUGUGGUGGGACACAAUCUCGGACACCUUCACCUUCAAGACUCCGAAAAGAUGUCGUCCGGAAUUAAUGACUGGCUCAGAAAUUCCCACCAAAAGGGAAGUUUUGCGGGUUCUCAUGUUAAUCUACGAUCCACUGGGAUUUCUCGCAAACUUUCUUAUGUACCUGAAAGUACUUCUGCAAGAAAUUUGGCGUUCCGGCGUUCAAUGGGAUGAACCAAUAAACGAACAACAAUUUGAAAAAUGGUGUGUUUGGCUGAAGGUUCUACAACAAGUAGAAAACGUUUCCAUUCCAAGGUGCUACAGAACCAAAACUUCUUCUUCUCCCGACACCAAUCACAUCCAAAUUCACGUGUUUGUAGAUGCCAGUGAAAACGGCUACGCUGCUGUCGUCUACCUACGAUUUGAAGAGGAUUCCGUGGAAUGUGCCUUUGUAACCGCCAAAACUCGUGUCGCUCCUUUGAAGUAUGUAUCAAUUCCACGCCUGGAACUUCAAGCAGCAGUGAUUGGAGCACGGUUAGCGCAGGAUGUAGUAGAACAGCAUCGAUUACCAAUAACUCAGCGAUUCUUUUGGUCCGAUUCUCGAGAUGUGCUUUGCUGGUUGAAAUCUGAUCACAGGAAAUAUACAAAGUAUAUUGGAGCUCGUGUUGGUGAAAUCCUGGAAAAAACAAAUGUUGCAGAAUGGAAUUGGGUUCCUUCCAAAUUGAAUGUAGCCGAUGAAGGUACAAAGUGGCAAAAAACACCAGAUUUGCACUCGAGUAGUAGGUGGUUCAGAGGUCCAGACUUCAUUUGGCAGUCGCGGCAAGAAUGGCCAGAACAACUCAAAUGUUAUGGAGUAACUGAUACAGAAAUUCUUCAACAUUCAAAUGUCCAUGUGAUACGAGAACCUCUGAUAAACUUCGGUGAUCAUUCGAACUGGUGGAAGCUAGUACGCCUAGUUGCGUUUAUUCGUCGAUACAUCGGUAACCUUCGCCAAACAUUAUAUAACAGAGAAAAAGCAGUGGGCAUGUUGAAACAAUCAGAAUUGCUGAAUGCGGAAUACGAGAUCUAUCGAAUGGCGCAACGAGAAGAAUUUCGCGAAGAAAUUAGCUUAUUAUCAAACACAAAAAACGUUAACCCUCGGAUUCCCAAGACCAGUGUGCUCUACGGACUUUCACCCUUUCUCGACGAAUACGGAGUAUUACGGAUGAAAAGUCGAAUUUCCAAUUGUCGGUUUAUAGAUCAGAAUACUGCCCACCCAAUCCUACUCUCGAAAAAUCAUCAAGUUACUAAUCUAGUUGCUAAAUUUACUCAUGAGCACUACCAUCAUCUAAACCAUGAAACUGUGGUGAAUGAGCUACGACAGAAAUACCAUAUCCCUAAGCUUCGCAGAGUAUGUAAUAAAAUUCAUCGCGACUGCCAAGCAUGCAAGAACGCUAAAGCUCGCCCACAAUCUCCGAUGAUGGCUGACCUACCCCCAGCAAGGCUUGCAGCAUGUUCAAGACCAUUUUCAUAUAUCGGGAUCGAUUAUUUCGGUCCAAUGAACGUAGCAGUAGGGAGACGUGUCGAGAAGAGAUGGGGAGUGUUGAUAACCUGUUUGGUAGUUCGAGCGGUACACUUAGAAAUAGCCCAUUCCUUAACUGCCAGUUCCUGUAUCAUGGCCAUUCGAAACUUCAUUGCGAGACGUGGCACCCCUAUCGAGAUCUUCAGUGAUCGUGGAACCAAUUUCGUUGGAUCAAGUCGAGAGUUGUCGGCAGCUGUUCAAGAGUUAGAUCAAGACAAGGUUAUGAAGGACCUCGUAUCGGCCGAUACAAAAUGGACUUUUCUACCACCCAGCAGUCCGCAUAUGGGCGGAAGUUGGGAAAGGCUUGUGCAAUCAGUUAAAAAAAUCUUGAAUAACAUGAACCUUCCAAGGACUCCCACCGAUGAAGUUCUUCGUAACAGCCUACUUGAGAUCGAAUUCAUCAUAAACUCGCGUCCCCUCACCUACAUCCCUAUUGAGAACGCUUCAAGUGAAGCUUUGACGCCCAACCAUUUCCUGCUUGGAUCCUCACACGGUUUGAAACCAUUGGUGUCGUACCAUGACAGCCUCGCUACACUUAGAAACACAUGGAAAACAUCACAAGUUUACGCCAAUCUUUUCUGGAAAAGGUGGUUAAAAGAGUACCUGCCAACAAUUCGUCGUCGUCCUAAAUGGCAUCAUCCGGUGAAACCUAUUGCAGUCGGUGAUGUCGUGGUCAUCGUUGAUUCCGAUUUGCCCCGUAACCUGUGGCCGAAGGGGCGAGUGGUUAAGGUCAACGAGCAUGCCGGCCAAGUUCGUAGUGCAACUGUGCGGACUUUGUCAAACGUGUACGAACGACCUGCUGUGAAAUUGGCGGUUCUUGACAUCGGUGCAACAGAGUGUAAGCCAGGAACGGGAUCAGGCUUACCGGGGGGGAGUGUCACGUCACCUACGGACGCACCGCAGUCACGCAUCGAACCCCCACAUCAUUCGCCGUCACUGACAGGCGAGAAACGUCAAGGUGGUAAAGUGCAUGACCAGCAAUAACAGAGUUUGGUGACUAGGCGUUUAAUCAGUAACAAACAAAUAAACAAUUUACAACAAAUUUAUUAAAGUUUAGUUACAAUUACAGUACAAUUUAAACAAAUAACACUGGAUUACACUACACUCGUUUGCAAGGAACACUUCAAAUCAAUUUAUAGCUUCGCGCAGGUAUUGAUUCGUGGCGUAAACCUAAUUCGUCUGCUAAAUUGAGCAGUUUCACAGUUAGUGCCUAAUAAUACUUGAAACAGGUAACAGUAAGUGCUAGCAAUACCGUACGGCACCCGAAUUUCGGACUGAACACAAAUAAUUACUAAAAAGGCAUUAAACGUAAGUUGAAAUUUAAGAUUAUAUUCAAUGAAACACAAUGCACACAUAUAUUAUAAGUAAUCAAAUCCCUAAAUGCAUGAAUUGUCUUUACUACAGGGAUAAUUUAACGUUCUGUAAUACACCGUUGAAAUUACCGGAAGCUUCGUCGUUUUCUUUCUUGUUUCGGCAACACAAACAGUCUCAACAAUACAUCUACGGUUUCAGAAAUAGUGAUUGUAUCUGUAGACGUAGCUUUUCUUCUAAACUUUACUUCGCCAACGAUAACAACGAAAUAUGAACGUUCAUGUGAAAACGUGCGAUGGUAUCUGAGAAGGUGAUUGAAUGAUAUGAACGAUUUUCUUCAACUUUUCUUAAAUCGUAUAACUGAACUCGAACCGUUAAACCAGUGCAUUUAAAUCUAGGGUGGAACAACUUUGACACAAAGUAGGCGCGGUGGAGAAGUGGACACUGAAGCCGAAAUUUUGACAUGCUCCGACAUUGAUCUAUAAGCCCUGGAAUUUUCCAAAUCCAAAUUAUGAAAGAAAAAAUCGUUUUUGUUUUUAAAUUUUUAAUAUUUAUAAUACAAUAAACUUUUGUCACAAACAUGGUUUCGCUACAAAUUUUUAAGGAGUGAUAUCACUGGGAAUUCCCUCUACACUUUUUCCAAGUUACGUUUGCGUGGCGUUUUUUGGUGUUUCUCGAAAUACAUAAUAUUUGAAAAAUGAAAUAUUUUUUUCUAUAGAUAAUGUGGUAGGUAUAUAUACUAAAAUAUUUGUUUUUCGCCACGUGCUAAUUUAUAAAAAAAUUGACGCUUCGCGUUGAGCAAUGUGUCAGCGCGUCAAAUUAGUCGAAGCGAAUCGCGCGAAACAGAUAGGCAAAAAUACAUGGGAAAAGCAUCAAUAUUUCAUAGCGCUAACAUUGGUUAAAGUUUAUUUUUAAGUAAAAAAUGGUAAUGGAUCCGCGAACAGAAAAGCUUAUUUCACUCGUACACGAGCGAAAACACCUCUGGGAUAGAUCCUUGAAAACACACGCUAACAAAUCGAAGGUUCUUGUUAUUUGGAAAGAAAUAUCGGCCGAGAUGGGUAUUGACGAAAGGACGAUCAGGAAAAGAUGGAAAGGUCUACGAGACACUUUCCUAAGGGAACUGAAAAGGGUUCCGCAACAUGAGCAAAUUGGAGCGAGCGAAAUGUUUAACCACACAAAGUGCACGUCUUGGCCAUAUUUUGAAGCGAUGUUUUUCAUCAAAGAUCAUGUUAAACCAAAAAGUGUACUAACCGAUCCCCUCGUUAUUGAGCCGGCUAUGGUCGAUAGUGAGAACCCACUGGGCCACGGAAUAACGUUUGCGGACGUCGAUUGCGGGAAUGACAUGGAGGCAACCAUUCCAGUGCAACAAAGUACCAGCAGCAGCAGCAGCAGCAGUAAAGGUUCAAAACGGCAAUUGAUUGCAACUGAAGGUAAAAGAUUGCCUGUUACUGAAAAGGUGGACAAACAUUAUAUUGCUUUCGAUGAAGACGAGGCCUUUUUCGACAGUCUCUUGCCUCACGUUCGAAAGUUGAGGCCGGAAGAAAAACUUAAUUUUCAAAUCGAGAUGCAAAGUUUAGUCCAUCAACAUGUAUACUACAAGAAUGCCGACAUGAAUGAUCAUCAAAACGAAAACAGUAUGCUUUAGAAAGAAAAGCGACGCUUCGCUUUGAAUGACGCAUCGCUGUGAGGGACGCGUCAUUAUCGUGCAAGGCAAAUACAAAUAGUAUCAGCCAAAACAUAGCGAUAGAAGCCAAACAGCAAUCAAGUUGUUUUAAUAAAUUAUUUCAGACAAGAGAA